AGGGAAGCUCUUGGUCUGCCUAACCAAAUCCAAUCAAACUCUAAAAGCUAGAACGUUAAGAAGCGUAUCGAUUGUUGCGAGACACUUUUUAGGGUUUUGGGUUGGGAGUUGAAGAACAAUGUCCUCUUCUUCGGUAAUUACACCAGAAGACGUGCUUGAGUCUCUUAUGAACGAUGGGACCAUCGAUGCCCUCCGAUUGAAGAUCAUCAAUCAACUCAAAGCCAAUGAAGAGUUGAAGAGCACAACCAUUAAAAUGGCAGAGGAGAGCAAAGUUCUUAACACACCUGGUGCUGAGAAACAGACUAAACGAGAACUCUUUGAUGCUCUUCGCCAAGAACUCGAGGGUCCAGUACUAGAGAAGGCAUCAAAAUCGGUUUGGGAAUUGAUUCUUGAGAAUGAUGGUUUAGGGAAAGAGAUAAAUGAAACAGUGGAACGUGUCUUUUGUCGUCUUAGCGGGCGAGAACCGCCCUUGUUUUCAUCAUCAAACGUGGAAAACCAGAUGGAGAUAGAGAAAGAGAUUGAGACAAAGGAGAACAAUAGCUCAAAUACGGAAGCCAAGAAAAGAAGUCUUAGCGAGGUGAAUCACUCCGAAGUUACAAUAAGGAAGAAGAAGCAACAAGGGGAUUCCUCCAAUGAUUAUGUAACGCCAUGAGCCUGGUUAUGAGAAAUUGACCACUUUCUGUUGUUCUCAAUCUUCUCACUAAUGUUCCUGUUACUAUUGAUGAAAUUUCUCUUCCCAGCAAUAUCCUUUUCAAAAAAAAUUAUAUUACAUAGAACAUUGGACUGGAUAAGUGAAUCAUCACAUUUCUGUUAUGAAAAUAUUCUCUUUAUGAGAUUCAGUAUGUUUUUUUUUGGUCAAACUUUUGA